UCUCUCUGUAUGUUGCGGUACACACGUGCUCGGAAGUAAGUAAAGAAAACAUGCCGUUCUCUAGAGAAGUAUGUUUGGUUGUAAAUCUAGCACUUACUCAGCUGUCGGAAGUAUAAUUUAGGUAGCUUUGCUCAUGAUGGAAACAACAACAAAAUGCGAAGAAGUGCUCAAACAUUGCUGGUGUGCGAGCCAACCAAAUUGCCUAUAAAUGAAUGGAUCCUACGCGUAUGCAACGUUACAUGUAGCACAGGUUUAGCUCAGUGGUGAGCCUUGGGCAGGACGUUUGUUAUUACUUUUCUGUGGUACCACCUUGCAACCUGUAUCAUUGGACGUUUGGCAGCUACAGUUAAAACAGUAGGUUAUCAUAUGUUAACUAACGUAUUGCGAUACAUUAAAUGCAUACGACCUAAUCACUUUUUGCCAUGGUCACGAUCAGCACGUAUUUACGUUUUGAAGAGGAGACAACAUUAUAACACUAAUUACUAGUUACUACUGUCCCUCUUAAUGUUAGCAACAUGGCGUUCUCCAGCCUUUUUUCAAGUUUUCCAAAGAAAGAUGUGACGCCUGCUGAAUCGAGGGAGAGGAAUGAAUGGCAACAAGAACUCGUUAAUUUGAACGAGAACGAAAAGGAUGCCCGGAUCAGAAAAAGACCACUGCGAAGUGUUGGGACGAAUGGUUGUAGGAAGAAUAAAAAGAGCUUUCAACAGGAGGAGCAGUCUAACCUGGCCAAGAAAAGUAAACUCCAUAAAGGUCAAACACUAUCUUAUACAGACUUUGACUCUGAGUCCAAAGACUACAGCAUGGUCAAUUGUGACUAUGAGCAGCCACGCUUUGACUUUAGUAAAGAACUGGACAUCUACAGCCGCAGCAAGGGAUGUGAAGACGCGACAAACGCUACAAAGAAGUCAGAUUGGAAGAACACAAGGCAAGGAGAAGCUGAUGGUAUUGGUCAGAAAAAGAAUAUAGGCCAGCAGAAGAAUCAACAAUGGGAACAGCAAAGAAACGGUGCCGAGAGGGGCAGAGAUUUUGCCAGGCAAGGUGGACGUGCGAAUAAACAGCACAGAGCCUGCCCCGAUUGGGGUGGAGGGUGUUCCAAUAGGGAUGGAGGGCGGGGCGAUAGAGGCCGAGGCCGGGACAGAAGGGGCGGUUUUCGCCAAAGGGAUGAUUCGUCAAAGCGAGGCACUGGUCGGUCACAUAGAGGUGGACGGCAGUUCCCAGAUAAUGGACAUUUAAAACUGGAGACUGUGGCUGAAACGGUGACGAAAUACAUGACGAAGGAAUUCAAAGAUCAGAAUGCAAUUGAGAUUGACGGACGGUUAAUCUGUCGACAUUUCCUGAGGGGAAAGUGCAUCAAGGGGGAUGAUUGCCAGUUGGAGCAUGCUCUGGAUGUCAACUACUCGAUCAAUGAAUUGUGUAAGUUCUAUGUCCAAGGAUUUUGUUUGAAAGGAGAGAGCUGCAUGUACAUGCACAAGAGUUUCCCCUGCAAGUUCUUCCAUACCCAUGGGAAUUGCAAACAAGCAGACCAAUGCAGGUUUUCCCAUGAACCCCUGACUGAUCUCACCAAACAGCUCCUGGAGUCGGCCUUGAAUAGGGACAAGGAUGUUCAGGAACUGGCCAAGAAGGAUGAGCCAAUCAGCACAGAGGAGCCAGGGACCACUGAAGAGACUGUUACUGAUAUUUUCCUGAAUCCCCUAAGGCCAAACUUUUACAACAGCACAUCCCCCUCUGAGGCGCAUGCUGAGGAAACCCCCCUGUGUCAGAAUGCAGUGUCAGCUGAGGCCUUGGAGAAGGACUCUGACCCACCGACAGACACCACUUGCUGUCUUGAUCCGCCGUCAAAUGCUAUUGGCCGUAAGGAACUGGUUUCUUAUUCGGUUGAGGCUGUGCUCGGUUCCCAUAAGCCUCUGGGGAACCCCUUCUGCAGUUUCUCCAACCAGAGCGCAACUCUCCAACCUACGCCGACCCAGCCAGAUCCUCCGGAGGUCGUCUCCUGGCUACCCUUGAACUCGGAAGGAGGCAAAGGAAAUGCUCCUUAUUCAGUCAAAGCUGUGCUUGGAUUCCAGAAGCCUGCUGAUAAACCCACCUGCGGCCCGUUUUCCGGAUCCGUCUCCCAGACCUCCAGUCCCUCAACCCCCACGCAGAGCCAACCAGGUCGUUACAGCGCCUCGUUAGUUCCCACGGUCCCCAUUCGGUCGUCUGAUUGUCUGACUAAGUGGCCAGCUUGUUUGGCGGAGUCUAACCCAAGGCCUCAAGAGCCAGUUGAAAGGCCCUUCAGCGGCCUCUUUGCGGGCCCCGUCCCUCAGUCCACCCAUCAUCAUCAUCCUCCUACGAAGACACACCAAGGUCCCCCAAACACUACAGCUGGUCCCCCUGACACUGACCCUCCUGCUGGCUGUAACAAUCCAGCUCCACGUUCUGUUAAUGCUGCGCCCGAGCCGAACGGAACUGCAGAGAAGCCCAUCCGCAACCUUUUCACGGGCUCCUUCUGUCCGGCCACUCGCAGCCAGAGGUUUUUGAAUCCCUCCCUGAUGUCUCCUGGCUAUGAGGCAGACGCUCCUGAAAGGCCGGUGGUGAACCCCCUCAGCCGUACCACCGCCAGACAAACCCGGCCGAAUCCCCCCAGCGCCACACUCGCGCCGUCAGACCCCAUUCGUUCAUCGGCACCUCGGCCGGUCUGCAAAAAAAGGAAAUCCUCGGUUGAGGCUGUCAGAGAGUCCCAGACGUCCCCGGAUGAACCCUUCCGUAGCCUCUUCGCAGCUCCCCUCACCAAGACCACCUCCAUACAUUUCCCAGACUGUAAGGAAUCUCCUUCAGUUGAGCCUUUGCUAAAGCCCCACAAUCCCCUGGAAAUCCCCUUCCGCAGCCUGUUUGCAGGCCCCGUCAGCCAAACAACUGCCCCUGACCCUGGUUCAGACAGCCGACCAGAUCUCUCCAGAGACGAGCCCAAACGACAGGUUUCAGAUCCAACACCCAUCAAUGGGCUUCCAGACCCAACUGAAAGGCCUUCUGUUUUGAAAACCCUCUUCCUGCGCCUGAGCCCAUGCCGCCAGGAGGGGGAGCAGUGGAGCAGUAACGGGUGCAUGGAUCCAGGACUGCGGAGCCAGGAGGAGGAGGAGAUUGUGGUGGGGCAGUUCAAGGAGGAGGUGGACCUAACCCUGCUGCGCCCUGCCUUCGCUCUGGAUGUGCUGUGGUCCCCUGAAGACCUGGCCCCUGUUCCUCCCCUCCCCCAUCGACUCCCCGUCCCUUGCACCUCCCCCGAGAGACCCCCAAGCCCUGCGGGACUCAGAACACAGCCUUCCCUCCAGGAAAACAACAACUCCCAGGAGGCAGCAGGAGCAAGCCUCGCUCUCUCUGGGAGCUCAGGAGGGAGUCAUGUCCAGGUGGUCACCCCCGGCAUUCACAACCUACCAGUCGCUGCGGUGGUACGGAUGACCCAACAUAACUCUGACGUACGACCAAAGCGACUGGCUGGACAAAUGAGGAGCAACAGCAGGAAUGUAGGCAGCAAUAAAACACUGAAAGAUUUUUUCAAGAGUUUGGACCCGACUGCACCUCCGUUCGGACAGUAGAUGCCUUUAGAAAAUGACACUAGCACUUAAGGUUGUUUUUGCACCCGUGUUACUGUGAUACCUAUCAAACUAUGAACUGUCAGUAUUUUUCAGUUAACAGAUCAGAACAGUGAUAUGCAGAAAUGCAGAAGGAAACCAUUUUACAUACUGUGUCCGUGAACCCCACCUUAAACAGCACUGGCAACUCACCUUGAUACUGUUACUUAGCAACAACUAAUGUGACCGAUUGACAGCCUGGUCAGUCACUGUGUGAAUUAAUUUUAGUUUUGGGGGGGUUAAAAGAUUGAAACUGACAAAUAAAAUAUGGAAAUAUCCUUCAAGGGGUUGUAGAAUUUCAAUAGUAUAUCUUAAAUUAUUUUCUCAUGUGGCCUAAGUCCUUUGCACAGUGCUGUUCAUUUCUAAGAUCUGUAGCCCUUAAAAACGUCUGUCUGAAACAUGCAAAAGGUCAGCAGGGUUGUGGAUAUUGUUGGAGUAAAGUUCCACUUACAUAUGUUUCUUUUUAGGAUUUAACGUUUAAGAGCUUGUAGUUCUUUCUUCUGCAUUGGUGUGCAAUUAACACAUUUCUGUUUUUAAUAUCAGAAGAUGCAUACAUUUUUAAUAAACAUCCCCUAUAUAGACUAUCUACUUCAAGUUGAAAUAACGCAACCCAAAUGGAAAGGUGAAAGGUUUUAAUAAAUUUUAUGACUGAGAAACACAAUGAAUGUAUUGUUUUGAACAACAAGGUCUCAAAACCUUUUUUAGUUGGCUGUAUGGACAGAAUCGUUUGGAAUGAUCAAGCUAACACAGUUAAUGAACAGCAAAAAUAUCCUUUAAUUUCUACAUAUGUAUUUUACAGUAUUGUACUCUACACAUUACAUAUUUGACCUCCCAUUAUUGCAAUCAUAUCUAUUGUUAAAUGUUGAUAAACAAUUUAGUAAAUAGGUAUAUACAAUAGCAAGUCAUAAAAUAUCAAUGUAACAGUCUGUGACAACAGCAUCUCAUUGGUGUGCAAAACAAGACCUAGGUAGCUAGAGUGCUGGGCAGUCUGAGGUCAAUUUAAAUGUUAGGCAAACCAAAAACAAUUUCUCUCAAGAUUAUUACAGUUCGCCCAGUAUCCAUGAUCUCAGGCAACAAAGGAACCAGAACACCUCCAUAACCAGGGGACGAAGGCUCCAAUUUUGCACAAAA